AUGCUAGAUGUAGGGUGGAUCUGUGUUGGAGCAGUUCGUGCUGUCUAUUGGCUCGUGAUGCUCGUAUGCAACUUCUUAGGAUAUUCACCGUUGUGGGCACAGAUCGCCAUGAAGAAUAGGAAAACGGACAAUGUGAGAAUACGGAUUCCCACUCAUUUAGCUGUCUGUUUCACGGAGGAGCGUCUCAUCGACUUGACCGAAGUAAUACAACUAAUGGAUAGUUGUGUUUCUGCGGAAAUUCGACAAUUGUCAAUCUAUGAUCCAUUCGGAGACCUGGUCAACCAAAUUAGUCAGAUUGAACAGGCUUGUCGCAUUUUCACGCGAGCUGAUCUCUACUGCGAUGGCCGACUUGUACAUUCUGACGAUCUUGCUAGUAUUCAGGUUAACGUAUUAUCAAGGAAAAUGGGCAAAGACGCGCUUGUGGAGACAUGUAAAACUUUAUGUCGUGACGACGAACCGAUUACUGUGGAGAAAGUAUCGAAAAUUCUAGAAGAAAAGUUUCAUUUGAGUGACCCAGACUUUUUACUCCGAAUUGGAAAUGUUCCUACAUUAUGCGGUUAUCCUCCUUGGAAUCUUCGAAUAACUGAAUUCCUGCAGUCACCACGGCUUCCAUGCUCACGACGAGGACUCGACUACUGUAUUGAAGCUUUCAGUCAACGUGAUAUUCGUGUUGGAAAGUAAUUUCUAAGUUCGCACAUUCCUCGAUUUCCACUUGCCGUUACCUUUCAUUAUCUCCUUUUACUUUAAUCUAUCACAGUUUCAUAGAUAUCAAACGUUAAUUUUUUGUUGCGAGCUAGUUUGUUUUUUUUCCUCUUGUUCGGUCCAUUCGCUUUAACUUGUCACCUAUUUUUUGUUUUCUCUACAGUCCUCUUGGUUCAUGAUCCUGUUAAUUAUCAAUGCUCUUUUCUGUGAUAUUCGAUAUUCGAAUCAACAAUGUGUAUGAUUAGUGUCAAAGUAACUUAUCGGAUUUUGAAUAUAAUUCAAUUAUUCGUGUAAUAAAUAACUAUUU